AUGUUGGCCAACGUUAUCCGCCUUUGCCAGCACCCGCUCGCCGUCAGCGCACCUCGACGUGGCGGUUCGAGGGUUGGGAAGGCACAGAACAAGGACAUGCAUCGGCAAGCCGGCGCACUGCUGCUUGACUCCGAGUACUUCACCGACAACGCAACACAUAUGACAAAGGAUUUUCGGCGCCGAUUUACGAACAAUGAGUUGUUCAUGAAGAUUGUGUUCGGCCUCAGGGAGUAUGGCACAUACUUCAUGUGCAAGAAAGACUGCCCCGGCUUGUGGGGAUUCUCAUCGGUUCAAAAGUACAUGGCUGCUAUGCUAUGUCUUGCAUACGAAGCUCCCGCAGAUGCAACCGACGACUAUCUGCGCAUGACUGAGUCGAGAUGCUUCGAGACUUUCACCAUGUUUUGCAGGGCAGCCAUGCAGUGUUGGGCUAGACUAUUUGAGGGCGCCAAAUGA